CGUAGUACAAUAGAACUCGGACCCCUUGGCAUUGAUAGCCUGCGCGGACUACAACUACCAUAAUCCUUCGGCGCUGCGGCGACUGAGGCUGCGCAAAGGAAAGGGGGCCGGCUCGGCUAUAAAAGAGCGAGUCCCAGCCUAGAAGGAAGUAGUUGGAGAGUGGUUGACGUGUGCUUCGGAGCUGGAGGUGUGAGUGAGGGACUGAAACUAAGUUGCGUGUUCAAGAGCGGCCAGGUGGUGGCAGUGCCUAACAGUUUCAUUCCAGUGCCGCGUUCCUACCACACGGCUGCUUGAGGAGAAGGGAAGCCAAAAGAGAACUGUGACAGGAGAGCUCAUUGUAAUUAGACUGUUAUCCCAAGCAGAGCUUCUGAAGCCAACUGCCUGUCACUUUCCCUGGUUUUACGACACUUGACUCCCAGUGAAGUUGUUCAUCUGUUGCAUUCCCCCACAAAGAAGAAGCAAUGUCUGAAGUGGGAAUCUGCAAAAGUUUGGCAGGUGGGGGUAGUUUUCUGGCCCCUAAGGAAGGCGGUGGGUGGCAGAGAGAGGAGCAGCCCGUGGCAGAUGCCAACAGUGUGUCAGAGGGCCACCACAAUGAAAGUGGCUACCAAAAGCCAGGGCAGCUAGUCAAGGCAAACGCCCGGCAAGAAGACGAUUGGAAGGAGCUUGGAAAAAAGAGGCACAGGAGACUCCGAUCUAAAAACAAGAGACAGUGGAAACCCUACAGUAAACUCACCUGGGAGGAGAAGAAGGAGCUUGAGGAGCGUCAAUCCCAAAGGGCAUCAAGGAUACGAGCAGAAAUGAUUGCCAAGGGGCAGCCCGUGGCACCUUACAACACCACCCAGUUCCUAAUGGAGGACCACGACCAGGAAGAGCCAGACCUGUGCCCCCCGCCGAGAAAGUCCUCCGCCGCUCUUCCCCUGGCCAUCAUAAACUCAUCCUACAAAGGAGACAGCACCGACGAUGACUUGGAGGAAGAGGAAGACGAAACGGGCAGCGACGGAAUGGGGGGCUACGACGGGGAAGACUUUUUGCAGAGGGAUUUCUCGGAGACCUAUGAGAAGUACCAUGCGGAGAGCCUACAGGACAUGAGCAAGCAAGACUUGAUUAAAGAGUACCUGGAGCUGGAGAAAUGCUUGAGUCGGAUGGAGGAAGAGAACAACCGCUUGAGGCUCCAGUCGUUAUCCAGCGCACCCGCUGCCGACCACAGGGACACAAGGAUCCAGGAACUGCAGCUUGAGCUUGAAAAGCUGAAGGAGGAGAACCGACUUCUUCAGGAGAGGAAGCAAGUGGCAGCAGACUCACGUGAACACUGACCAAUGACUUGACUAAUGCCACUGAACUUUCUACAGUCAAAGUACAGGUCAACACGUUCCCUUCCAUAUUUUUUAUGGUUGGCUUUCUGGAAUCAGGGCAGCCAUUGGGGGGCAGCUGGAACUACUAUAGGGGGGUGCAUUUUUAAAGGCCUGGAGAUCAGUUUCUUUUUCCCCUUUUUGUAGUUGGAGCCCAUUAGGGUCUUUUGCUCAUGGGCAGGUAAGGCAAUAUCUAGGCCCUGGAGGAGUUUACAAGGGGCGUGCUCUGCUGAGGGGAGGCGGGGCCUGACUAGUUUCCUAGUCCUCAAUUUCUAAUGGUGGCCCUGGCUUGAGUAAGCACAUCGCUGCCCUAGACCAGUCAUUUAGAGUUUACCCACCCUACUCUACAAUAAAUUUUUUUUUUUUUUUUAAUUCAAAUCUGAACUGUAACAUUUACAAACAACACAGGCCAAUGGGGGAAAAGACUUAUUUUUGACUGUUGAUCACAUUAAGACUUUUUUUUUUUCUUUCUUACAGCAGUGUGAAUCUGAAAUAGCAUAUUGAGUUUUAUGAUGUCUAUAUAUAAAUAUAUGUAUUAAGUAUACAGUUUUUUGUAAUGAUUUAUUUGUCAGUAUGACGCCUUAAUGCCUAUUCUCUAACCUUUCCUCGCAUUCUAACCUGUUUAAUGAUUUCCUUUUUUUUUUUUCAGUAUGAAACUUUUUAAUAAAUGUUUAAAAAGUAAGUCGACGUAACUGGUUGCUUUACUUUCCCACGUUAUCAGGUUGAAGGUUUGCAUGUAAAUUCUUCUAGAAUAUUUAGAGUUUGCCACUUUAUGCUGAACGCGGUUUCAUGUAUCUGUGAUUCUUAUCCGUUCUGUGCCAGAUGCUUACAAUGCACUGUCCUGUGUGUUAGAGAACAGUCUGCCUUUGCCAUUCUUGCAAUGAGACCUCCGUUUUCAACGAGCAAUUCCUUGCUUUAAACCGAUUGUUCUUUAUAUCGUUUAUUUAGAAUUAGUUAUCUUAUAUUUCGGUGGUUUUAGUAAGGGGACACCCACCUCAAAGCUGUUAUUGCAUUGUUCAAAUUAUAUUUUCCAUACAUCGUGUCAGCAGUUUUGGGGUAAAAGUCCUGUUUAAGGUGUAAGUUCUCCCAUAUCUGGAAAGUGUUUUGGCUUAUAAGUGGGGUGUCUUUAAGUUUAUAGUCUGUGACACAUGGGGUUUUUACUACCGCUUUUUAAAGCACUUGCCGAAAUAACCAGUUAUGCUGUUGUGGAUUGCUCCCCUGCUGGUAAAAAUGGGAAGUGCAGUGAGUUUGAAAUUCUUGUUUGAUUUUUCCUCUGGGAUUCCACAGAGCCCUAACUGGACCUACAAUUGAAACUGGUAGAUUGUAGGUCUGGACUGAGAAUCAAAAUAGGCCCUGGCAUUUCAGGUACCCAGAGGCCGAUUCAGCACACACAGAGGCCCAAACAGCCCCCACCAGCCCACUAAAUACUGAUUUUCUGUGGCACCUUAUAGCAGCCCCUCUGGCAUUUGCCAGAACCCACAGAUCGCCAGUCUGGGCCCUGUAGAUUGUAAACCCAUGUAAUGUUCAAAUUCAGGUUACUGAAAUCAGUGGGUUAUGUUUACUAAAACUGGAUAAAAUUGCCCCAGGACACCAACCAAUCAGCAAAGCCGUCAGCUGCAGGUAGAAAAAUGAGAAUAUAUACUUGAUAUGCUGCUUUAGGGUACCGCACCAAGGCAUUGUUCUUCCUAAUUGACUUUCAAUUUGCUGUUUCAACACCUAGGAAUCCUAGUAAUGCGAUAACGGGGCAUAACCAAAUAAUAAUAAGUCGGGCUUUUGUCCUAGUGAGUGUCAUACUGAAAGUCUGAUUCAGAUUAACGUCCCCAUUAUUUUGCGCUCUAUCGUAUUUGCUUUAAGGGCCAUACAUGAGAGGUUUCUCAAGAGGACCCAACGUGUACUGUAAAUUCUGCACGUCUCUGCUGACUAGUCUGUACAUGCCACACUGUAGCCUAAACUGUCAUAUACAAACCACUAUAAAAUCUGGGAAUUUGUGCAGUUAUUUCUGAUUUGCCCCCUGUGGUGGGGGGAGGGGCAGUGUGCUUUUGUAUAAAUAAUUAUUUUAACAUUUUAAAUUCAAGGCUGUGAGAGAGAAGCUAUGGUUUUUCCUGUGGUGUGUGAUGCCAUAACUUGCACAGGGUAUUUGGGAGGGUGGGAGCUGACAUAUUGCUAGAUUCAGCAGAUAAGUAUCCUUCAUAUACUGCUGAUGAGCAGUAUAUCCACCCAAUACAGCUGCAUCAUUGGAGUCUUCAGAGAAUAUUUCAUGUUUAGGUAAGCAGUACAUCCAUUCCCCCUGCUGUUUAAAUACGAAUAACU